AUGAAUGAAAAUACGGAAACAGUGCACACCAGAUUAGAACCAAGUGUUAACCAAGAUGAGCUUAUUCUACAACAGCAAAGACAGAUUGAAAAGGAAAUAUCUGAGAAAACACCUCUGAUUGGAGACAUGGAAACUUUUUCAUCGCUAUUUGACGAAUAUUCUGGAGACACAGUGUACUGUCAAAAGGUGAGAUACUUAACAACUCUGUACAAAAGCAUGCGUCGAACGCGACCUGAUGGAAAUUGCUUUUAUCGUGCAUUUAUAUUCUCCUAUUUGGAAUUACUCUUGACUAACAAAGAGGAAUAUGAAAGAUUUUACUCAAUAGCCCUAAAAAGUAAAGACAAAUUGGUAACCCUCGGAUUUCCACAAUUUACUAUUGAAGAUUUUCACGAAACUUUCAUGGAUGUUGUCAGACGUGUAGGUGGGGGAACAAAUAAAUUUUCUCACAUGGACUUACAAAAACUCUUCAAUGAACAAGAUGUUUCAGAUUAUAUUGUGGUGUAUUUGCGUCUUAUAACAUCUGGCCAACUUCAACAAGAUGCAGAAUUCUAUCAGCAUUUUAUUGAAGGAGAUCGUCCCGUUGUAGACUUUUGUCAUCAGGAAGUGGAGCCUAUGUAUAAAGAAAGUGAUCAUAUACAUGUGAUUGCAUUAAGUACUGCCCUGAACGUCGGUGUUCGAGUUCGUUAUAUGGAUAGAGGAGGUUCUGCAGAAGUUAUAGCUCAUGAUUUUCUGGAAGGGCAACAUCCUUCGAUUCAUCUGCUUUACAGACCAGGACAUUAUGAUAUUUUAUAUCCAUUAUGA